GACACAGAUAAAGAUAAAAAUGACAAAGAAAGUCAAAUCAAACCAAUUAAAGCAAGAUCUCUCCGUCAAGAAAGGUGCCACCACCGCUAUCAAAACCCCAGCUGCUGCUACCAAAGCUAAAGCUGCUGCUACCGCUGUCAAAAAGGGUAUUUCAAACAAAUCUACCCGUAAAGUCAGAACCUCAGUCAUCUUCAGACGUCCAAAGACUUUAAUCAACCCAAAGAAACCAGCUUACCCAAGACGUUCAGUCAACAAAGUUACCAAAAUGGAUCAAUUCAGAAUCUUAAAAGCUCCAUUAACCACUGAAUCUGCCACCCAAAAGAUUGAAGCCAACAACACCAUCACUUUUAUGGUUGAUAUGUACGCCAACAAAGCUCAAAUCGCUGAUGCUUUCACCAAAAUGUACGAAGCCAAAGUCAAGAGAGUCAACACUUUAAUUACCCCACGUGGUGACAAAAAAGCUUUCGUCACUUUAUCCCCAGAAUUCGAAGCUGCUGAUGUUGCCAACAAAAUCGGUCUCAUCUAAAGGAAUUGCUUUGAUAAUAAUAAUAAAAAUAAAACCUUUUU